GAAGUAUCGUGUGGAGGAGUUCAGCUUCCUGUCUGUUAAUCCACUUGUUGAUUUAUAGAGGAUAACGAGGAGUGAAAUAACCAAUUAAAGUAAAAACAAUGGUUAAAACGGACGGGUAAAAAAAAGCGGCAGUUUGUAGAUCACUAAUCCGGCGGUUGAGCACGAUGUUUGGGUUGAAGACAGCCGGUGUCCUCGGUGCCUCCGUGGCUAUGGCUGGAGGAGUCGCUUAUCUUGUCUGGAACUACGCGUCCUCCCCCGGGGAGAAGGAGACCGAAACACGGCCGGAGGAAGACGGUAAAAAGGCCGAAGAUGAAGGGGAAAUAAAGGAGGAAACUAUGGUUGAACAAACUGUUGUCGCCGCUGCUGUUGCGCCGGUUGUCGCUUCAGAAGCUCCGAAAGCACCCGAGUCCAAGCCUGUGGAGUCAGCAGGGACCCAGGUUCUGGUUCUGGGUCUGGAUGGAGCCGGUAAGACCAGCCUGCUGCACUGCCUGUCCACCGGCUGCCUGGAGCACGACAUGGAGCCCACGCAGGGCUUCAACGCCGUGUCCAUCAGCCGGGAGGACCUGCACAUCGAGUUCCUGGAGAUUGGAGGUAAAGCGGAGCUGAGGCCCUACUGGCAGAAGUACAUGUCCAAGGCGCUGCUGCUGGUGUUCGUGGUCGACUCCUCCAACCCAGAGCUCUUCCCCGUCGCUAAGAAGCAUCUCCAUGAGCUGCUGACCUCUGACCCCCGGCCCCGCCUGCCUCUCAUGGUACUGGCCAACAAGCAGGACCUCCCAGGAGCCUGCAGCAUCACAGAUCUGCACGACGCUCUGUCCCUCUCUGAGGCCGGGGACCGCAGGUUGUUCCUCAUCGGGACCCACGUGAAGAAGGGCGAGGGCGAGCUCAGCUCUGGCGUUCAGGACGCUCGAGAGCUGAUCCUGCAGAUGGUCUCUGACAGCAGAUAGGACACAUCUCAUCCUUAAACCUCUGCUUUUGACUUUGAUUUAACACGUUCUCUGUUAAUCUUUUCACUACACCAGGUAGGCUGGCACUUUAUUUAUGAAUAAGAACAUUUAAAAGUAUUUAACCGUUUUUGUUUCGGGGUUAUAAAGUAGAUUCUGGAUUUGUUCCAAACUUCAAACAUUUUUGUUCUUCAACCGUUACAACCAACAAUGAGUUAUUUUGUUGUCUUAAUUUAAACUUAAGGCCUACUGGACACGCUUAUGUUCAAACGUUAUAUUCACCAAAGAUUUAUUUUCACCAAAGCGGAUGUUGAGCGUCAUCAACAGAGCCAUACAUGUUCCACUUUACAGACUGUUACUGUGCGUCUUAUUCCUAAAGCCUCUCAGCGGUAGAUGUUGAAACAGUUCAGGUUUUACCGCAGAUCGCCUGAUGGUACAGAAUCUCAAGAGGCUUCAUUUCAGGGUGUAGGUUUGAUCAAGCCAUCAGCUUUAGCACCAACAUUGCUAACAGUCGUUUAGCAUCAAUUUGUAAUGUAAGAAAACAAAAUGUAAAAGCACUGUCGGCACUAACAGAGUUAUUUUUCUAACCUGGUCUGCAUCAUAAUGUUCUUCAUGUGUCGUGAUCUGAAGAAUAUUAAAUACCUCGACUCUCAAAGCUGUCCUAUGAUCUUUUUUAUGGGGGGAAAGCCAUCAUGUAAACCUAAUACAAGGCUACUGAUUAAGAUCUGGUAUUAUCACUUCACAUUUUGGCAAAACACACAAAAAAAGGCUGCUCUAUUCAGGUGGUACGGGAUAUAUAUGUUUUCAACUUUUCAAGCAGUGACCUCUUUCUGCCAUUUCGCACGGUAACAUGCAUAUUAACUAUUGCAGCUUUAAAAAAAAAAACCUGUUGAUGACCCGUUAAUAUUUCAACUGAUAAAGAAAUAGCACAAUUACACCACAUAUAACACCACAACUACCUAAAGCUAGGGUGGGUCAUUUUCAUUUAGAAACCAGAAACAAAAAAAGAGCACUAUAUGUUGCUGUGAAUGCUCGGAAAAGCCAUGUCUUCUUCUUCUUGUUACGUUCAUCAUAAUAUGUUCAUCCGGGUCAUUUUGGGGGAGUGGCUUUGGAGUGGAAUCGGGCCGUUUCUCAAUGUCGAGUAAACCUGCUGCAGAGCCACUAUUUCAAGUAUACUACGUCUUCGAGUGGCGCCGAAGGACUGUUUAAAUGCCCAGCAUUCGGCGCCACUCGAUGACGUAGUAUACUUGAAAUGGUGGCUCUGCAGCAGGUAUACUCAACAUUGAGAAACGGACACUUUCUUGAUAGAUUUAGCCACCUUUGAGCUAGUGGUGCUAGUUACCUAAAAGAGCAGGCAACACUGGGAAGGGUUUUUCUGUUGGUUAAUUGAAAAAAUGCUGCAUUCUCCAAUAUUACCACCCAAGCGAUGUCUGAAUGUCUGAAUACAACAGUGGUUUAACUUAGCAAUUAGAGUCAGAUCUGCCUUAAUAAUACACGUUUUAUUGUCAUUUCAUUAUGAAAAUCAGACGCCUAGCCACUAAACCUUAACACUACCCGAUCACUAUUACUGCAGGGGGUUAUUGUUGGAUUACAGCUUUGUAAAAAACAUUUGGUUUUAUCAUGAAUGUCCGUAAAUACUUUGAUAAGUGUUCAUCUUAAAUAGGGUUUUACUUUUCUAGUCGCUUUUGUAUUAGCGUGGUGUUUUUGUUGUUUAGAGAGCCGACACAGCUGCUUGUUACUAAGUCUUAAUGCUUUUUUAUUUGGUGAAAUCUGUCUGUAAGCAUUGGGAUAAAAAGGGAAAUACAUUGUUUUGUGCAAAGCCUUCACGAGUACCAUUUCUAAGGAGGUUUAAAAAAAUAAGCACUUUUUUAUUUCAUCUACAUUUUCAGAGCCUUUUACCAAAACCAAAAUGUCAGACAGACAGUAUGUGUGUGAAUAGUUUGAAUGUAUUUUUUCACACUUAAAUAAAUUGUUUCCACUAAA